AGGACUGGCCCUCUCUCUCUCUCUCUCUCGCUCUCUCGCUCGCUCGCUCACUCACUCGCCGUUACAAUUUGCUCGUACGCGCUUGCGACACUAUAUAUAAGCAAGGAACAAGAUUUGCUAUUUCUCUUUCGUGGCCUGGAUACACUCAGUGUGUGGCUUUUCCUUCUUCUGCUUGAUUUGGGAGAAGACGUCGAUCAGUGUGUUUUUUAACGAUUGAUCGAGGAGCGAACCGGCGGGCGAGCAGCGGCGGCGGCAGCUGUGCAGGCGAGCGAUUGCGCGCGCGCGCGCGCGCGCGCACCACACGCGAAGGGGGGAGGAGCGCGGUGGUCGCAUCGAUCGCGCGAGCAGCCUGCACCCCGGCGCGCGCACUCGCGUCCCGGCUAGCGUGCGGCGCGGAAGCCCCAGCCCCGCAGAGACACCGAGGCACCAGCGCCGAGAUGUCGUGGCUGAAGUCGACGGGCGACGUGCUCGGCUUCCUGCUGCUGUCCGUCGCGGCGAUCAUCGAGGGCCUGGUGAAGGCGCUCAUCCCGCGCAAGUACCGCAUGAAGCAGAUCGCCGGGGAGAUCGCCCUGGUGACCGGCGCCGGAAGCGGCCUCGGCCGCCUCAUCGCCCAGAAGAUGGCCGAGCUGGGCGCCAUCGUCGUCGUCUGGGACGUCAACAAGCAAGGACUGGACGAAACGGUGAAGAUGAUCAAAUCAUCGGGAGGCACGUGCUACGGCUACGUCUGUGACCUAUGUAAUCGCGAGGACGUUUACAAGAAGGCAGCUCUGCUCGAUAAAGAAGUCGGACGAGUAUCGAUCCUCGUGAACAACGCUGGAGUCGUGACCGGCAGGAAAUUCCUCGAUUCUCCCGAUCAGAUGAUCAUCCGCACGAUGGAAGUCAACGUCAUGAGUCAUUUCUGGACGGUGAAGGCCUUUCUGCCGGCGAUGCUCAAGGAGAACAAAGGUCACAUCGUGAGCAUAGCCAGCCUCGCGGGACACGUCGGCUGCCCCAAGCUCGUCGACUAUACCACCUCCAAGUUCGCUGCCGUGGGCUUCGACGAGGCGCUGCGCAUGGAGCUCGAGGCCGAUGGAUACGACAUCAAGACUACUGUGAUAUGUCCGUUCUUCAUCAAGAGCACCGGCAUGUUCGAUGAUGUCAUGGCCAGAGGUGAAAUAGUCAUAUCCGACAGGUUUAUUCCGAUCCUUAGCCCUAACGAGGUGGCCGAUCGCGUUGUCUCGGCCAUGCGGUGCGACGACAAAUUCGCCAUCAUACCAAGUUAUUUACAAGUAUUGCUAGCAGCCAAAUGGAUGUUCCCGUGGAAGUGCGCGAAAAUGCUGCUGAACGGUUUAGUGCACGACGCGGCGCCGUCCAAUAACGCCUACCCACAGACGACGCUGACACCGCAGCUCGACAACGCCGGCAGCGGCAGCGGCAGCGAGGACGAGCCCAGUGGUGUCAUUCAUCAGCAGCUCGCAAGGCGCGUCUCCAGCUCCGAGAGGAAGCCCUAAUGCACACAUAUCUUCGACGAAUAUUGCGCGAAACAAACAAAACAAAGACGAACGUACAAACGGAAAGUACACGCUCGAAAAACACGCAUAUCUAUUAUACGCGAAGCUCAACGACGCACAGCGGCAACGUCUUUGUUCCCUUCGCGAAUCUACGUUGCGCGAAAACUUAUCCCGAGUCUUCCGCGAUGUUUUAAGUGCCAUCGCCUUGCCUUCGAUGUAACCACACGUCGUAGUUAUAAGUCGCUGGACGACGAGGCGCGUUUUCUCCUUCUUUUCCCUCGUAUCUUUGAUAUCUCGUGUACGCGUAUAGUUAGGGUUCUUAAAGGUGUGAAUUCUGUAAUUUAGCCGAUAACCCCGAGAGCUCAUUACAAAUGUAAGAUAUUAUCCGUGCAAGGAUGAUUCGCUGCAAAAGCAACAAAAACGAAAAAGCAAGCAAGAAGUGUCAAAUACACAGCCAAAAUUUCGUUGUGAAUGCGCAAUAAAUGUUUUAUUCCUCCCGGUGGACCAACACGACUUUUUCUUGAAUGUACAGCGAUAAAUUUUCACAAGUGUCGCGUAUUUGAAUUCCCGUUGUUUUCUCUCUACUGUUAUCAAGCCCAGAUGCAAUUCUUGGGCGCGAAGAUCACCUCCUGUGAAGCAAAGUACGUCAAGGAAAAGUCAUUCUUUGUACAUUGUUACACUAUACGACUGUUGUGUAGAUCUUUUCUACGUCGAUGAAAAAUAAAAAUAAAUCAAUUUGUACUCUAUUUGUAAUAACGAGAGCUAUUUUCGAAUUUAUUA